ACAUCAACAACCACCACGCCAACACCCUGGCAGCUCUGUCGGCUAACAAAGCCGCAGGCCAGCCCGGUACCGAGCAGCCUCUCGGUACACAGACCCUUCACCAGCUCAAGCACGGAGCCAAAAAAAGAGCUGCUGAGAUCCAAAGGCGGCCGAUCGGAGCGAGGAGCGGCGCAGCCGGGGGACCAAGUCCCCCAGAACACGGUCCCCCGGAGCCACAAGCCCAAGCAGGGCCGACCCGCCAAGAAGAAGGACAAGCCCCUCCCCCUCCAGCAGCGCGGCCCCAACGCCGACGAGGGCCUCAAAGACGGCGAGAAGGUCUACGCCGGGGCCAAGUUCAGCGAGCCGCCGUCUCCGAGCGUCUUGCCCAAACCGCCCAGCCACUGGGUCGGCGAGGACGGGCCGCCGCGCAGCGGGCGCAGCCGCGAGCAGAUGAGCGUCCACCUGAAGUCGCUGCUGAGGGUUCCGGAGGACACGUUUGACCUUUGACACGCCGCAGCGCGUCGGGACUUUUUAUGAACCGCAGUACAAAGUGAGCGAGACGACGAGCCGGCUGUGGACGCGUUCUGAGCCACGCCCCCCGUCCUCCGCUCGCCGCCUGACUGCUUUGUGGGAAGAGGAACAAGUGUUUUUUUGUUAACUCCAGAAAGUGCGCAACGAGGUCGGCGAGGCGUGUUUACACGAUGCAAAGAAAUGACGCCACUUCCUGUGUUUCUUCUUUUAAGAGCCUGUAUAAAUGUACAAAAUAUAUUGUAAACAUAUAUUUGGGUGUAACAUUCCUUGUUGUUUUAACAGAUUCUAUAUUUGCUACUGAGGUUUUUCCACAAAGAGAGAACGUCCCCAUCGACGGACGGCACUCGUCCUGCAGGAGAAAGACGUUUCUGACCGAUUUGCACUUGAUUGUGAAGCUCAAUCAGCCCUGACCUCGGGACGGGGCGUCCCGCGUCUCUGUGUCUACCACUUUCUAAUGUCCCAACGGGCCAUCGGCCACAUGACUAAAAUGGUGAAGCGUUACAGAAUGUUGUGUUGCCGAAGGAUCUUCUGUUCAUCAUGAAUCAACCGAGACGAUCAGAGCCCUGAACUGAGGACUCAGACUCAGAGACACAUUCAGUCGGCGAGGACAAAGUGGAGAGGACAGAUGUUAAUUAUUGUCUCACAGCUGUCCUCUGAAGCGGACGUUGUCUCCACGCGCUUCCUUCCUGUACCGUGUGGUUUCGUAAAGCGACUGAAGCAGGGUUGAUGUCUACCAGCAGCGCUCAUUGUGAUUAUGAAGCACCGGUUCUUUUUAUUUCACAUAAGCAGAGAUUCGUGUUCCUGAAGCCCAAACUGCCCGUUUUAUUCCAAUGUUUUAACACGGUUUCAUUCCAGUGGUAUGAAAAUGCUUAGCCACAUCUGGGGGGGGGAGAAAGUGUUGUAUGAAGAAUUUCUUUCAUAUCUAAAUUUGAAAAUGAUAUUAAAAUAUUGGUUACUCAUGUUAAACGUUGCUGUGGU